CCAAAAGGAAAGUUUGAUUGAUUGAUAACUCAAGAGGAAUUUUGGAGCUAAAAGGGGAACAUUAAGAAUGGCAAGUUUAACUAACCAACCAUCCAAGAAAGCCAUUCGCAGCCCAGGCGGGUCUGCAAAUUCUACAAGUAAUCGGGGUUCGAGUGGACAAACGGUAAAAUUUGCACGAAGAACAUCGAGCGGCCGAUAUGUCAGCCUAUCGAGAGAAGAUCUCGACAUGUCAGGAGAGAUAUCGGGGGAUUAUAUUAACUACACGGUGCAUAUUCCUCCGACGCCAGAUAAUCAACCGAUGGAUUCGUCGGUAGCUACGAAAGCGGAGGAGCAAUAUGUCUCGAACUCGUUGUUUACCGGUGGAUUCAAUAGUGUGACACGAGCACAUUUGAUGGACAGGGUGAUAGAUUCGGAGGUGACUCAUCCACAAAUGGCCGGAGCCAAGGGCUCUUCUUGUGCCAUGCCUGCUUGUGACGGUAAGGUCAUGAAGGAUGAGCGAGGCAAAGAUUUCACUCCUUGCGAAUGCAGGUUUAGAAUUUGUAGGGAGUGCCAUUUUGAUGCAAUAAAGGAAACAGGGCUUUGUCCUGGCUGCAAAGAACCAUACAAGAUGGGAGACUAUGAGGAUGAUUAUAAUGACUAUUCCAAUGGAACAUUACAGUUACAAGGGCCAGAUGGGUCUAAAGGUGGUUCACAAAACAUGUCAAUGAUGAAGCUAAACCAAGGUGGAGAAUUUGAUCACAACAAAUGGUUGUUUGAGUCAAAAGGAACUUAUGGAGUUGGCAAUGCAUAUUACGAUGACUACGACAACGGUGACGAUGACAAAUUCCGUGAAGGGAUGAUGGAGUCGAUGGACAAGCCAUGGAAACCCCUCAGUCGAACGUUUCCAAUCCCUGCUAGCAUCAUUAGUCCAUACAGGCUGUUGAUAUUGGUAAGACUUGUGGUGUUGGGUUUCUUUUUACACUGGAGAGUGCAACAUCCAAAUGAGGAUGCAGUAUGGCUAUGGCUAAUGUCUAUCAUUUGUGAAAUAUGGUUUGCUUUCUCUUGGAUUCUUGAUCAAAUUCCGAAGCUAUGUCCCGUCAAUCGCGGUACCGACCUUCAAGUCCUUUACGACAAGUUUGAUGCACCAUCUCCAUCGAAUCCCACCGGCCGUUCCGACCUCCCGGGAGUCGACAUGUUUGUAUCCACAGCAGAUCCCGAAAAGGAACCAGUUCUUGUAACUGCCAAUACCAUAUUAUCCAUCCUUGCAGCUGAUUAUCCAGUUGAAAAACUUGCUUGCUACAUCUCUGAUGACGGAGGUGCCCUAUUGACGUUCGAGGCGAUGGCAGAGGCUGCGAGUUUUGCAGAUUUAUGGGUACCUUUUUGUCGUAAACACGAUAUCGAGCCGAGAAAUCCCGAAAGCUAUUUUAGUUUAAAAGUGGAUCCAACAAAGAACAAAAGUAGGUCAGAUUUUGUGAAGGAUAGAAGGAAAAUCAAGCGAGAGUACGACGAGUUUAAGGUUCGAACAAACGGGCUUCCGGACUCGAUUAGGAGGCGAUCGGAUGCUUUCAAUGCAAGAGAGGAAAUGAAAAUGUGGAAGCACAUGAAAGAAACAGGGGCAGAUGCUAUGGAGCCAAUUAAGGUUCAAAAAGCAACAUGGAUGGCUGAUGGAACUCAUUGGCCUGGUACUUGGGUUGUUCCUUCUAGUGACCAUUCUAAAGGUGAUCAUGCAGGAAUUCUUCAGGUGAUGUUGAAGCCUCCGAGCCACGACCCAUUAAUGGGGAGCGCAGAUGAGAAGAUCAUAGACUUCACAGAUGUCGACAUUCGUCUUCCGAUGUUCGUAUACGUAUCUCGUGAGAAACGACCCGGAUACGAUCACAACAAAAAGGCAGGUGCCAUGAAUGCCCUUGUAAGAGCAUCAGCUGUGUUAUCAAAUGGUCCAUUCAUUCUCAACCUUGAUUGUGAUCAUUACAUUUAUAAUUGCAAAGCCAUCAAAGAAGGAAUGUGCUUCAUGAUGGACCGUGGUGGAGAGGAUAUUUGUUACAUUCAAUUCCCUCAAAGAUUUGAAGGUAUUGAUCCUUCUGAUCGUUAUGCCAAUCACAAUACUGUCUUCUUUGAUGGCAAUAUGAGAGCACUUGAUGGUGUACAAGGUCCGGUGUACGUCGGAACGGGUUGUAUGUUUCGUCGUUUUGCCCUCUACGGCUUCGACCCGCCACAACCUGAUAAGAUUAAGCAUAAAAGCGACUCGUCUGAAACACAACCUUUGCAAUCCACAGACUUUGAUCCUGACCUUGAUGUCAAUUUACUUCCUAAGCGUUUUGGAAAUUCUACCAUGUUGGCUGACUCUAUACCGAUCGCCGAGUUUCAAGGUCGUCCUCUUGCUGAUCAUUCUGCAGUCAAGUAUGGACGUCCUCCUGGUGCACUUCGGCUUCCUCGUCCACCCCUUGAUUCUGCAACCGUUGCUGAAUCUGUCUCGGUCAUUUCUUGUUGGUAUGAGGACAAAACGGAAUGGGGGGAGCGAGUAGGAUGGAUUUACGGCUCAGUGACAGAGGACGUGGUGACAGGGUAUCGUAUGCACAAUCGUGGAUGGCACUCUGUUUACUGUAUCACCAAGCGCGAUGCCUUCCGUGGCUCAGCUCCAAUCAAUCUCACGGAUCGUCUCCACCAAGUGCUCCGAUGGGCAACAGGUUCCGUCGAGAUUUUCUUCUCGAGAAACAAUGCGUUGCUAGCAUCGAGACGCUUGAAAUUUCUGCAGCGUCUCGCCUACCUCAACGUCGGUAUCUAUCCUUUCACUUCCAUCUUCCUCAUUGUCUACUGUUUCCUCCCCGCGCUCUCACUUUUCUCCGGCCAGUUCAUAGUCCAGACACUCAAUGUCACCUUCUUGAUCUACCUUCUCAUCAUCACUGUUUGCUUAAUCUCCUUAGCCAUUUUGGAAGUCAAGUGGUCUGGCAUUGGCUUGGAAGAAUGGUGGAGAAAUGAACAGUUUUGGCUCAUUUCAGGCACAUCUGCUCACUUGGCGGCCGUGGUCCAGGGUUUGUUGAAGGUGAUAGCAGGUAUUGAGAUCUCUUUCACGUUAACGUCGAAAUCAGCCGGGGACGACAUCGAAGAUAUAUACGCGGAUUUAUACCUAGUGAAAUGGACAUCCUUGAUGGUUCCUCCAAUUGUGAUUGCUAUGAUGAACAUAAUAGCCAUAGUUGUGGCAUUCUCAAGAACAAUCUAUAGCACAGUGCCACAAUGGAGCAAGUUCAUAGGAGGAGCAUUCUUUAGUUUUUGGGUUUUGGCACAUUUGUAUCCUUUUGCAAAAGGGUUAAUGGGAAGAAGAGGAAAAACACCAACAAUUGUGAUUGUUUGGUCAGGUUUAAUUGCCAUUACACUUUCUUUGUUGUGGAUAGCAAUUAAUCCACCAAAACCAAGUGCUGCUGAUGCUGCUGUUGGAGGAGGAGGAUUUGAAUUCCCUUGA